UUCCUUCCUUCCUACGCGCCCGUGAGUGCGGUGCUGGGCCGGGGUCGCCUGCCCGCCCUUCUCUCCUCCGCCUUCAGGGGAGGGCGCUGCCUUCUCAGCCUCAGCUCAACUCCCCGGUCUCUCUCAUGAGGAAAAAGCUAGGCCUCAGGCAGCAGAAUCUCUUGGGAGAGAGAGAGAGAGAGGGAGGGAGAGCAGUGGGGCCUCCUGAAGGCAGGAGGGGGAGGGGACGCCAUGAGAGAGACUCUUCUUCUGGGUGGAUCUUUGUCUUGACUCCCAUGGUUUGUUUUUGGCCUCACAUCUCUUCUGAUGUCCAUGGUUGAGUAUCCAUUGGCCUGUAGAACCCAGUUGAGGUGGUUUAGAUCACCUCGGAGGAGGUGAGGUUCGCAGAUUCUUUGUGCACAACUCUCUGAAAACAGAGGAGUUCCAGACAUGAAUCAACCAGGGGCAGCUAACGACUCUGAACAAAGGAUGCCCCCAGGCAGCAAGAAGCCAGGAGAUGAAGCUAUUCAAUGCUAAUUUAAGUGAUUAACUACAACAUUCACACUGGCCUCCAACUGACAAGAGUUCUUCUCUCACCCUGGACUUUCCACAGAUAGAUAUAAACCUUCCUUGCUUAGUUUCCCCAUACCUCACAACCUCUGAGGAUGCCUGCCAUAGAUGUGGGCGAAACGUCAGGAGAGAAUACUUCUGGAACAUGGCCAUACAGUCCGGAAAACAUACAACAACCCUCUUCUUCCUCCCUCCCUGCUUCCUCCUUCUCAGCCUUCACUGCGGGGGUCGGGAAGAGCAGCCCCUCGGCCUCAGGCAGCGGAAGGCCUUCCGUGGGAUCUGUGGGGCCAGAAGUGGGUGGGAGAGGCAGCAGAGACCCACCACCUGCCCCAGAGGACCUGCCUGGGAAAGGAUGGGGAGGGAUUCACCAAGGAGGAGACAGAAGGAGCCAAGGAAGGACCAAGCCAUGGAGUGACGGUUUGAGUCUUUGGGAAGGAGAGGAUCCCCCUCCCCAAGUCCUUUCUCUCCAGAUCCAGCCAGCAAUUCAACAUCCAUGGCAAAAUGUUACCCUUCCUUAGCACUAAUCCCAAUGGAGCCCCCAGAUGGCGUAGUGGACUGACUUGAAGGUUGGGUUGCUGACCUGAAGGCUGCCAGGUUCGAAUCCCACCUGGGGAGAGCGCGGAUGAGCUCCCUCUCUCAGCUCCAGCUCCAUGCACUGACAUGAGAGAGGCCUCCCACAAGGAUGGACCCACCAGUUCUCCCAGUCCUCCCACUUUGAAUAUCAUUUGAGAGAAGAGGUGGACACAUCUUCAUCCAGUUUGAGGCAGCCUAGAAGCGCAGAGCAAAGAUGGAAGGUCAAGAGCCAGCUGCUGCCCAGUUGGAAGUAUUUCCUUCUGCUGCUGAGAAAGAGAACAACAGACAAUUCUGGGAGGACCCUUGGAGGAAAGACCAGGAGAACAAUCACUUCCAUUCAGACCUUCAGGGCCAGCACUUCCGACAUUUCCUCUAUGAGGAGGCCUUGGGGCCACGCAAGGUUUGCAGUCGCCUCCACUCUCUCUGCCGCCUGUGGCUGAAGCCAGAGCAACACUCAAAGGCUGAGAUGCUGGACCUGGUGCUCCUGGAGCAGUUCCUGGCCGUCCUUCCUGCGGAGAUGGAGCGCUGGGUGAGGGAAUGUGGGGCAGAGACCAGUUCCCAGGCUGUGGCUUUGGCUGAAGGAUUCCUCCUGAGUCAGGAAGAGGAGAGGAAGAGGGAGAAGCCACAGGUGCAGGACUCUUUUGCAAAUGAGACCAGUCAGGUGGAGCAGUCCCUUUCGCACAUUUGGCUCGUCCAUAUUGGAGAAGGAGAAUAUAUCAUAGCCGGCAGUGAAACAUGGGGCACAACCUUUCAUGAUUCUUUUCUAAGAAAAGAUUCUACGGGACCAGAUCAGGUGAUAUUUGAAGAUGUGUCUGUGGCUUUCUCAGAGGAGGAGUGGGCCCUCUUGGAUCCAAGCCAAAAAGCCUUGCACCAACAAAUCAUGGAAGAGAAUUUAAGGAUUGUGUCAUCUCUGGCCAUGUCAAUAGAAGAGACACCAUUUAAAUAUUUGGAAGAUGGAAUGAAUUUAAAUAGGAAGGAAGCACUCACUUUUUCUCAAGAAACUCACACAAGGGAUAAACCAUUUCAAUGCUUGGAGUGUGGAAAGAACUUCCAUCUGAAGACACACCUUGUUAUCCAUCAAAGAAACCACACAGGAAAAAAGCCAUUUAAAUGCUUGCAGUGUGAAAAGAGCUUCAGUUACAAGCACCACCUUAUUCGUCAUCAGGCAACUCACACAGGAGUAAAGCCAUUUAAAUGUUUGCAGUGUGAAAAGAGCUUCAGUCACAACCAUGUCCUUAUUCAUCAUCAGGCAACUCACACAGGAGUAAAGCCAUUUAAAUGCUUGCAAUGUGAAAAGAGCUUUAGGCAAAAGGGAAGCCUUAUUAGUCAUCAGGCAGCUCACAAGGGAGUAAAGCCAUUUAAUUGCUUACAGUGUGAAAAGAGCUUCCAUGAAAAGACAAAACUUAUUCGUCAUCAGGAAACUCACAGAGGAGUAAAGCCAUUUAAAUGCUUGCAGUGUGAAAAGAGCUUCAGUCACAAGUAUGUUCUUAUUGGUCAUCAAACAACUCACACAGGAGUAAAGCCUUUUAAAUGUUUGCAGUGUGAAAAGAGCUUCACUCGAAAGAGAAACCUUAUUAGUCAUCAGGCAACUCACACAGGAGUAAUGCCAUUUAAAUGCUUACAGUGUGAAAAGUGCUUCAGUCAAAAGAGAAACCUUAUUUGUCAUCAGAAAACUCACACAGGAGUAAAGCCAUUUAAAUGCUUGCACUGUCAAAAGAGCUUCAGUGAAAGGAGAAGCCUUAUUAGUCAUCAGGCAACUCACACAGGAGUAAAACCAUUUCAGUGCUUGCAGUGUCAAAAGAGCUUCAGUGAAAGGAGAAGCCUUAUUAGUCAUCAGGCAACUCACACAGGAGUAAAGCCAUUUCAAUGCUUGCAGUGUGAAAAGUGCUUCAGUGAAAGGAGAAGCCUUAUUAGUCAUCAGGCAACUCACACAGCAGUAAAGCCAUUUCAGUGCUUGCAGUGUGAAAAGAGCUUCAAUCACAAGCAUGCCCUUAUUCGUCAUCAGGCAACUCAUACAGGAGAUAAACCAUUUAAAUGCUUGCAGUGUGAAAAGAACUUCAGUGAAAGGAGAAGCCUUAUUAGUCAUCAGGCAACUCACACAGGAGAAAAGCCAUUUAAAUGCUUGCAGUGUGAAAAAAGCUUCAGUCAUAAGAGAAACCUUAUUACUCAUCAGGGAACUCACACAGGAGUAAAGCCAUUUCAAUGCUUGCAGUGUAAAAAGAGCUUCAGUCAAAAGAGUAACCUUAUUCGUCAUCAGGCAACUCACACAGGAGAGAAGCCAUUUAAAUGCUUGGAGUGUGACAAGAGCUUCAGUCAGAAAUCAUACCUUGUUCGUCAUCAGGCAACUCACACAGGAGUAAAUCCCAUUUAAAUGCUCAGUGUGUGGAAAGAGCUUCAAUCACAAGCACGUCAUUAGUCGGGUUAAAGGAAAGUUCCCUUGUUUUAAAUCACAGGGCGCAUGAAUCUUUGUGAUUGAAAUACUGAGUUUAAAAGCUGUGGCUUUGGGGGAAAAUAAUAACCUGAUCAAUUUUCUUUGAUAUAAUAUCUCAUUAAACAUAAGUGAUAAUAUUUUGAGAGCUAAAGGAAAGAUUUUUCCAUUUUUUUAUCCAUUCAUGCAUUCUGGUUACUUAAAAUAUCAUCAUGUAUAUUCAGGGUACAUGUAAUCGAAAAGUUUGAUGGGAAGUGUAGGAAUAGGUUUGAUUAAUGACUGACAGCCAUGUGUUUCAUGUAAUUCUAUGUAUGUGCGACUGGGUUUUCUUUUACAAAAUAUGUAAUAAAGCAUAAUUGUUUUCUAUCCA